AUGAGCUUGGGCCAGUCCCCAACCAGUGCUCGUCUUGGUGCGGUGGGGACUUUCACACAGAUUGGAGGUCCAGUGGACACGCCCUGGGCCACCUUCGGGGGCUCCACCCGCGCUCACGGGGGGUGGAUGUAUCAUGUUGCGUCCGAACCGUUGAACCGUGAUUCGAAAAACAAGGGCAGCGAGCCUGGUCGACCGGACUUUGCAGUCCCCGCUGACGGUGGGACAGCAGGACUUUUGGUCGGACAAGAAAUUAGUGUCGGGAUGUCGAGCAGGGAGACCCCGGUCAGCGAGGAUGAUGGCCGAGCAUUUUUCCUCGUUUCGUCGCGAUGUGUUGUACGGGCGGUUGAUUCGCUCCGGGGGAUUGUGGGAGAGAAGUGGGGAGUGUGGAGUGCGAAUCUGGCAAGUGCGGGACUUCCUUUCGACCUGCUCCUGGUGGUCCUCCCUAAUUGUCCUGAUUUCCCCCGAGACCAAUCCAACCACGACCGGUCUGGUCGCUCCUCCGAGCCCACCAUCGUGAUCACCGGAGACUCCCCGGGAAAAGUCAGAGAGGGGGCGCAAAGGUGUAACGACGCUAAGAGCGGGUCGCAUUGGUGGGAAAGGGAGGGGAGGCUGCAAGCGCCCGCCGAUCGACGAUCCGACCGGACAAUGACUGGCGGUGGCCACGACCACGUAGCGGGCGCCGGCCUAGAUCGUGGUGGAUUCACCGCCAGUUGCCCCCCUUGCGUGCAGACGUGGCACAGGAUUAUCUCAUGCCUCCACCGGGCUCCACCCGUUGAAGUUGAUGUGCUCGGAGGCCUCAGCUGGACUCUGACCAAAGACGGAGCAGACUGA